AUGCCCCGCGCCCUCAAACACCACGAGAAAAAACUCCUGCGCAAAGUCGACUUCCACACGUACAAAUCCGACAACAACCACCGAGAAUCACAAAUCCGCACACGCUACCACCUGCAAGACCCCCUCGACUACCGCAAAUACAACCAGCUAUGCGGAUCCCUACGCCAACUAGCCCACAAGCUAUCCGAACUGGACCCUGAGAGCGAUCCCGUUCGCAAGAAGCUGGAGUCCGAGGUGCUGGAUAAGUUGUUCCGUAUGGGCAUUUUGAAGCAGAGUCGGGAACAAGGGGCGGGGCUUUCGAGGGUCGAGAGGGAGGUUACUGUUAGUGCGUUUUGUCGGAGGAGACUUGCGGUGUGGAUGGCGAGGAGUGGGAUGGUGGAGAAUGUUAAGACUGCUGUCACUUUCAUCGAGCAGGGCCAUGUUCGCGUCGGGACGGAGGUCGUUACGGAUCCGGCGUACCUUGUUACGAGGAAUUUGGAGGAUUUCGUGACUUGGGUCGACUCUUCGAAGAUUAAGAGGAGUAUUAUGCAAUAUCGGGAUAAUUUGGAUGAUUUUGAUAUGUUGUGA